CACUUGUAGAAAAGAUAAUUGGGAUUUCCAGCAGGCGCUCGAAUAAUCCAAAUACAAAAGAUUGGGAUUUCAGCCGGCCGCCGGCGACUCCAACGCCAAGCGUUCCACCUCCACGAGCUCUAAAAGUCUCGACUUUUCUUCUUUAGAGUGCAUUCAUUGGGUUGUUGCAUCGCCAGUUCUUCGUGGAUCCACCUCCAGCAGUAUGUCACCGCCGGAGCUCCGAGUUAUAGAGAGAUGUCAAGUCUCUCCGCCGCCGGGAGCGGUGGCGGAGUCAACCUUGCCGCUUACCUACCUCGACUUGAUUUGGCUGAAAGCCGGAACGGUCGAACGCCUCUUCUUCUACCCCUUCGCCGGCGUCUCCACCUCCCACUUCGUCGACUCCAUCGUCCCCUCCCUCAAGGCUUCCCUCGCCGUCACACUACGUAGCUUCUACCCCCUCGCUGGCAAGAUCAGCCGCUCCCCUACCCGUGAAGAUGGCUUCGACAUUCACUACGCUGAUGGCGACUCUGUUUCUUUCACUGUAGCCGAGCACGGUGGCGAUUUCCACGAGCUCUCCGGCGGCGGCCCCCGCCUCGUAAAUAUGCUGGUUCCCCUGCUCCCGGAGCUUCCCCGCGAUGGCGGAGACGGGUUGCGGCUGCUGGCACUGCAGGCUACGGUCUUCCCGGACCGCGGUCUUGCCGUCGGCGUUUCUGUGCACCACGCCUCCUGCGAUGGGUCGAGUUCGAUGCGGUUCGUGGCGGCGUGGGCGGCGGCAGCCGCUUCCGCAGGGGCAGCACAGGUGGCUCCGCCGGUGCUGGAGAGAAGCUUCAUUUCCGAUCCCGACGAUCUCUACACCUUCUUCUACAAGGGGAUUUCGACCGAUCAAACGAUCGAGACCAUGCUGCACCAAACCACGUCGCCUGACGCCGUCCUCGAAUCCUUCACGAUCGCAAAGAAACACAUCGACAAAUUGAAGGAGUUGGCGACGGGAGGCGCGGCCGGCGCCUCAUUCCACUGCUCCACCGUGGUGGUCGCCUACGCCUACGCGUGGGUUUGCCACGUCAAAACACGGCGGCCAAAAAACGACAAGGGCAAGCAUGCUUUCAUGGGUUUCGUCGCCGACUGCAGGGGAAGGCUGAAACCCCCGGUCCCGGCGGCAUACUUCGGCAACUGUCUCAGCGGUUGCCUCGUGGAGUCGGAGAUCGGCGACCUCACAGGCAAAGACGGGGUGGCGACGGCCGCGAGAGAAAUCGGAAAAUCCAUCGAGGCGUUCAAAGAAGGACCUUUUAAGGCAUUUACAGAGGAGUUGCCGAAGAGGUACCAGGCACUGGUGGCCGAGCAACCGCUGAGCGUCGCCGGGUCGCCGAAGUUUAAGGUGUACGACGUGGAUUUCGGGUGGGGGAGGCCGAGCAAGGUGGAGAUAACGUCGAUCGCGAAGACCAGCGCCAUGGCAGUGGCGGAGAGCAGGGAAGAGGAGGGCGGCGUGGAGAUCGGGUUGGUGAAGCCGCAGGCGGAAAUGGAGGCGUUCGAGAAGGAGUUCUACGGCGGACUCCAACUGUUACAGUGACGUCAUUCAUCAAUUUUAAUUUUACU